AUGCCGGUGAACAUAGUUCACAAGAGGAAUAUGGCUAAAAAACUGAGAAAUAAUCAGUGUAAGACCACAGGCAACUGGCUUUAUCACUAUCAAAAAUAUAAAACAAGACAGGGUUGUAGGUGUGUUUGA